UUCUGUGCUAAAAGCAAAACCCGAUAAGACGGCGAGAUCGUUAGUCUGAUUCUGAGUACUGCUUUCAAAUGGUGGUAAUAUAUCUCUCGGCAUAAGUUAUUUAAUUUUAAAGAAAAUUCUAAUCUUCUCUCACUAUUUCACAAUUCUUUAUAAGUUUAAGAUGGCAAACUUUUCAGAAAGCCCAAAUACGUAUACCCCUUUCUUUGAUAAUGUUAGCGAUGACGUUUACGCGACCACGACCGACCUCGUUGAUGUCGGUGACGGCGGGACGACGCGUUACAAGUCGAUUAACAAUCUCCAGGGACUGAUCCUCGGAACGAGCCUCGUCAUCCUUAUCAUCUUCACCAAUCUCCUCAGCCUCGGGGCCUUCGCCGUCGAGAAGCGACUUCGCACCUACAACAACUACUUCAUCAUCAACCUCGCCAUCGCCGACCUCAUCGUCGGGAUCAUCCAAAUCGUCGGCGUCAUCCACACGUUCUUGGGUUACUUCCCGGGAGGCGGGGACUUCUGCAAGGUCUACCUCGGCCUGCGGAACGCGAUGUUCUCCGUAUCCGUGGUCGGCGUCGUCGUCAUCUGCAUCGAUCGCCACAAAGCGACCUACGACCCGAUCAACCACUACAUGACUCGAAGCAAGCGCAAGGCUGUUAUCCUCAACGUCCUCACCUGGGUGAUUUCGUUCGGAUUCUGGAUGUCGUUCGCGACGGUCUGGGACUUCGUCGUCGAUGCCAACUCCGGGAAGAGUUGCCUGGCGUCGUUCUCGAGGUACCCCGCUGCCAACAUGUUCCAGACGUGUCUGACCUUUUUCCUACCGCUGGUCGUCAUCUCCGUCCUCUAUCUCCGCAUCUACGUCAAGAUCAAGGAGACCGUUGGGGGUAAGAGUGUCAAUAAGCAUUUCAAGGAGGUCGGUGGCGACGGGUUGUCGAAGUCGACGAGCCAGACGACGGUUUGCAGUGACCUGCCGUCGGGUGGGACGAUGGAGAUGAAGGGAUCGAGUGCUGAUGUGAAGGUCAAUGAGGGGAAUGGUGGCAAAGCUGGAAAGGAUGAUGCCAAUGGUAACCGGACUACGACGGCUAACCGGGAAUCCGCCAACGAGAUGCAGAAGGCGACCCGAACCUUAUCCUACAUCGUUUUCUCCUUCGCCAUCGCUUGGUUUCCCAACUCCAUCAUCUACUUCCUCUACUCCAUCGAGCCCGAGUUGAUCGCCUACAAGAACCUGCCGAGGGAUGCGAAACAGUUCUUCGUCUGGCUUCGGUUCGCAAAUAGUUUUCUGAAUCCGAUCUGCUAUUUGGUAUCGCAGCCGCUCUUUCGGAAGACGGUCGUCAACAUGCUUUGCCGUCCCCGCCGUUAUUGCUAAAAAAAACGCAUUUCCGUUAUUUAGGAGCCCCCGGUCUCCCGCCGGCCUCCCCCAUCCAUGACAAUGUCAUUUUCGCUGUUGUAUAUAUUGAGAUUAAGACUGAGUUAAUGAGGUAUCUAUAAAUAAUGUGAAAAAUCCCCAUGCGUAUAAUUGGCAUCCUGUCAAAACAAAUACGCGUAAAAUUCGAUUUGUAUAUGAAUUAAUCAAUUGUAAAUAUUCUUUUUAAAACGAGUCAAAGAAAUGUAUUUAAGUUUUAGAUUGGUUCUUUUUGUAUUCACAUUUGCAUUUAUUGUAAUUAUCUUAGUACUUCACUAUGGUGUUUUAAAAGUGAUUUAUUGAAAAGAAAAGAUAAAAUAAAAAUCAAAUAUUUGAAUUUUGAACAUUUUUGCAUCUACAGACGGUUAUAUGAAUUUAUCUAUAUAUUUUAUUGACUUGUGUUAAGUG